AGGCUGAAAGUCACAGGAUAACAAUGGCUUCCUCCAAGCGCAUGGCAGAUCUUGGAUAUAAGAUGUUUUCUGGAACCAUGAUGCUGCUGACCCUGUAUGGCGGGUACCUGUGCAGUAUCCGGGCGUAUCGCUACUAGAGACAAGAGCAACUGCAAGCAGCAGCGGAGAACCAGACAGAAGCCAUCCUUAAGGACUGACCUCAGGACUGUCCACAGGAGACACUGCCUUCCUUGAGGUUAUUCUCCAUCCACAUUACCUGCCAACAACCUGUGGAAUCCAGAUGUGCAGUGGAGCUGCGUUCACAUUACUGGGCUGUUAUUUAAAUUUAUUUUUCUUACAUUAAUUUUUUAUUUCUCUUCAAUUAAAUGUCAUAUCUGUUCUA